AUGAUAUUUUUAUUUUCACAGGUGCUGGUUACCAUUUAUUGGCUAUCCAGAUGCUCUCCAGAUUACCCUCCCCUGAAGCACGACCACACUUUCAUCUGCAGCAACCCAGCAUCUUCAUCACUGAUGACUUCAAAGGCGACAGCAACAAGUAUUUCGUCCAACCAAGAUCAACAACAACUCACACAACACGCCACACAACUACCUGGAAAAUAUUCUGCGAAGAGCAACAACAUUGAUGAUAAGACUAAAUGGCAGAAUAAUGAAAUUGACUGGGAGAAAAAUUUUUCAGCUUGGAAGACGAAACGCAUGUCGCAGUUCUCUUCCUCAUCCACACCAUCUCCUGUUCCAGCAUCUACUAGUGCUGCUGAUGCAGGGGACAGAGGUUUCAAUGAUUACAAUGGGAGGAAGUACCUUGGUGGUAAAGAGGCUAUAACUGGACCUCACAAUGGAGCUGGGUUACAUUUCAAUGGUGGUCAUCAUCACCACCAUCCUUCUGAACAACUGCAUCACCAUCAUCAGCAUGUUAAUAAGCAUGCCAAUGAUGAAGUGUUUGAUAAGGCUCCCACGCUUCCUAAAUGGGACACAUAUCCAGGAUUUAAAAAUGCAGAUGACGACGACACUGAUGAUGAUGAGGAGGAGGAGGAUAUAUUGAAGUUUCACAAAAGACCAGCAACAAACCAUCACAAAGGAAAAAAAAUGAUUGGAUCUUUCUCCUCAAUGUCAUCAUCGUCGUCAUCGUCAUCGUCUUCAUCGCCUCUGAUCAGAGAGUACAGAAGUGCUGAUAAUGUAAGUAAGGUCGCUGCAGACAGGACUGGAUCUAGCUUUGAGAAACUGCUCAUUGAUGUGAACAAGUUGUCACACAUCAGCUUGUCACAAUCUUUGAAAGAUCUUGAGAACUUCGAUGAAGUUGGUUUUGAUGAGGAUUAUCAAAUUGUUCAUGAUGAUGAUGGCUGUGAUAAGAACAGCGAAGUUGAAACAAUUGCUCAUGAUGAAGAUGAGGAAGAUAAAUAUUUCAGCAUCCGAAAUGUGGAUGCUUCUGAUGUCGAAAUAAAUAUGUUCAAUAAAAUUUCAUCAACCGAUGAUGAUAACGAGAGUGAGGAGGAGGAGGAGGAAGAAGAAGAUGAUGAUAAUAAAGACAACGAUAAUAAUAAUGAUGAUAAAGAAAAUGUAAUAUCAGCACAUUCUGACAAUAAGAGAAAGCCAUUGAACUUUAUUGGUGAACUUAUUCAGCUGAAUGAAGCAACGAAAAAGUUUGAUGGUGUUUUUGAGCAGAGGACUGUCACCUCAAAUGAUGCCGGCCCACGUAAAGUCCUGACCACCAGCAACGUGCACAAUAUGGCUCAUCUCUCAAGAAAUAACAACUUCUUGAGCGUGACGACAGAACAACCACUGAAUCAGAGAUUUGUAGCGACGAAAUCGUUACCUUCUCCUUCGUCAUCGGUCUCGUCCUCAUCCUCACUACCUUCAACUACUUCACUGAGUCUCUUUAAUUCUAAAAUGUAUGAUAGAUUCUAUCACGACAUGAAUGCAAUAAUGAAUUCGAAUGCUGCAAAGACUGACAAUUAUAAUAAUAAGAACAAUAAUAAAGUAAAAAGACUGGAUUUGGAGUCAGAGAAAAAAAGGAUUGUUGAAUGGAAUAUGAAAUGUGAUAGACUUCUCCAGGAAAGAUUCAUGAGAGAUCGAGUGAUGUUGAAAGAGAAGCUGGAGGAAGACAUGAGGAAGGCUGAUGAAACCGAGAGGUUGAGGAAGAUCAAGUUAAAUNGGAAGUUAANUAACGCCAAACUCUCUACCUCCUUCUCCGACGACUUCGCCAUCACUUACGAAGUUCAGGCGGAUCUCAAGACCCAUCUGUUUGCAAAAAUCAUUGAAGAGCGCUGUUGA